AUGCGGUGCAAAUGGCAGUUCUUCACCAGGCUUUUUGUCGCAACGGCAUGUCUCUUGCUUCUUUCCCCCUCUUUGGGAUUUGCAAAAAAACUUUGGAAACGUGGUCUUCACCUGAAGCUGGCAGAGAAAUAUGAUGACUACGAGUACCCCCUUCAUUCGCAUGGUGCACCCUACCAGAAGAACGACCGCUGUCCGCCUCCGCCGCAGACUCUACCAGACGGAGCGUGUGAGGUGCCCGGGUGCCGCUCGGAUUCCGAGUGCGAAAGACACAAACGUUGCUGCUACAACGGGUGCAUCUACGCCUGCUUAGACUCUGUGCCACCACCCCCAGUUUUGGAUUGGCUGGUACAGCCCAAACCACGCUGGCUGGGUGGAAACGGCUGGUUACUUGAUGGACCAGAAGAAGUUUUGCAAGCCGAGGCAUGCAGCACCACCGAGGAUGGGGAGGAGCCCCUGCACUGUCCGACAGGAUAUGAAUGCCACAUCAUUAACCCAGGCAAUGCCGCAGAGGGCAUCCCCAACAGGGGGCAGUGUAUCAGGUUACGGGGAAAUUCAGAUGGGCGGAACCUGCAGCCUAAGUAUUACAAGGAAUACUUGGGAAGCAGCUCCAAUAACGUGGUGGGUUUGGGUUACGUGAAACAACCGCAGAAGCACCUCGGCUGAUUCCUGCAAAGUCC